UUGACAUCAUCUUCUUCCAGUACGCAAAACUGAGAAGUUUUGUCAAGGAAGUUAUUGAGAGAAUUGAAGGAGAGAGACCUAAAGGAAACUCAAGCUGAGCUUCAAGUCCUUGCAGGGUGCUGGCAUCUGUCACCACCAAGGACGGGAGAGGAGACAAGACCAUGUGGCAGUUCCCUGCUCUGCUCUUCCUCUUCCUCCCAGGCUGCUGCACAGCUCAGGAUCCAGUCACAGGUCCAGCAGAGGUGAGCGGUCAUGAGCAGGGCUCCUUGACAGUGCGGUGCCAAUAUACCUCAGGCUAUAAAAAUUACAAGAAGUACUGGUGCCAAGGAGCUUAUUGGAAAACAUGUGAAAUGCUUGUUGAAACCGAUGCAUCACAGCAGUCAGUGAAGAAGAACCGUGUGUCCAUCAGGGACGACCAGACAGACUUCAUCUUCACGGUGACCAUGGAGGAUCUAAGGAUGAGCGAUGCUGACAUUUACUGGUGUGGAAUUACGAAAUCUGGAUAUGAUCCCAUGUUUCAAGUUAAUGUGAACAUUGACCCAGCCCCAGAAAUUACAACUACAAUAAUGACAACCAUACCCACAUUUCUGACAUCAUUACCACCAACCAUGGAGAACAUUGACAUGGAAAACAUUGACAUGGAAAAUAUUGGCAAGGUGACUCAGAGCACCCUCUUCAUCUGGUCCCUGCUGAGCAGCAUCUCCUUCCAGCUGAUGGUCUUUGUGGUGAUUCCCCUGUUCCUGAGCAUGCUCAGUGCUGUCCUCUGGGUGAACAGGCCUCAGAGACAUUAUGGGGGAGGUGAAAUUGGCCUGGUGAAGGCCCAUAGAUUGGAUGGCCAAGACAGAGACAAACACUUCCCAGAAGAUGAAAAAUAAUCUCUCUGUGUCACUGUCUCUGUUUCUCUUUCCUGUGUGUGUGUGUGUGUGUAUACACAUUGUGUGGACAGAUGUGUAUGUAGAAGACAUCUUCAGGUAUCAUCCCAUUAAUGUUUGAGACUAGGUUUCUCAUUGACCUAGACCUUUGUCAAGUAGGCCAGAUAGGUGGUCAGGGAAUUCCAGGGAAUUCCUGCCUCUACCCCUCAUUCUGCCAUUACAAGCACACACAACUGUUCUCACAUAAAAACAAACAAACACCUUAGAUUGUAGGGAUUGAACCCAGGCCCUUGAACUUGCAAGGAAGAGAAGCACUUUAU